AUGAGUGGAGAUCUAAAGGCCACACUCACACUGCAGUCUGGUGGGACAGAAGUAUUCAGAGGAGAGAAGGUCACCCUUAAAUGUGAAAUACAGGGAGGAGAAGACGAGUGGACUUACACCUGGUUCAAGAAUGAAGCUGAAAUUUCUACUAUAAAGACAAGUGAAUACACCUUUAUGGUGAAUGAUGAGGCUACAUUUACCUGCAUGGGAACCCGGACUGUAGAUGGCCCACAGAGCACAGAAAAGAGUGAUCCUGUUCGCCUGUCUGUGUCAGAAAAACCCAAACCGACUGUGAGUGUGAAUCCUCAGAGCUCCAUCUACACUGGAGACACAGUUACUCUGAGCUGUAAUCUGCAGACGACUGGAUGGAGGUUUCUCUGGUACACAGAUCCUCAGAAAUCAAAUCCCCUGUCCCCUGGAGCCCGAGACACCAGCACACUCACUGGGACAGUGUCUAACGAAGGACAAUUAAAUUACUCCUGUAAAGCACAGAGGGGAAACUAUGACUCAGAGUUCAGUGAUCCAGUCACGAUUAUAGUGAGCAAAAAACCUAAACCUGAACUCAGAUCAGGCCUUAAAGGAGCUGCACUGACAGGAAACUCAGUGACUCUGUACUGUACACUGAAGCCGCAGUCUGCUGGAUGGAAGUUUUACUGGAUCGCACCCACACAGAGCUCUGAGACUGAAUCACACGACUACACCAUCAGACCAGUUCGAGUCUCUGAUGGAGGUCGGUACAAGUGCAGAGCUGGAAGAGGAAACCCAGUCUACUACACACACUACAGUGAUGCACUCUGGGUAAAUGUUACUGAGAGUCCUAAACCUGUGGUGAUUAUAAAGCCUGAUAAGGAGGUGUUCAGAGGAGAGAGAGUGACUUUCAGAUGUGAGAUACCGAGAGGAAGAGACACUGAGUGGACAUACAGCUGGAAGAGGAAUGAUUACACACGCUCAUACCCAACAACACAGGAGUUUAGUCUUUAUUCAGUAGGAAAUGAUGUCAGCGGUAAAUACACCUGCAGUGGGAGGAGAAGUGACUCUCAGAGCUCAGAGACCAGUGAUGCUGUUACACUGACUGUAUCAGAAAAACCCAAACCGACUGUGAGUGUGAAUCCUCAGAGCCCCAUCUACACUGGAGACACAGUUACUCUGAGCUGUAAUCUGCAGUCGACUGGAUGGAGGUUUCUCUGGUACGAUUAUCAGCAAUCAAAAUAUCUGACACCUGAUGAUCCACACAGUAACACACACACUGAGACAGUGUCUAUUGAAGGACGAAUAAAGUACGCCUGUAAAGCACGCAGGGGAAACUAUGACUCAGAGUUCAGUGAUCUAGUCAGGAUGAGAGUGACAGCAAGACCAAAGCCAGUAGUGACAAUACAGCCAGCUGGGCGUGUGUUCACUGGAGAAACCGUCACUCUCACAUGUGACAUAGAGACUGGAGGAUCCUGGUCAUAUCACUGGUAUAGGGAUAAUACACAACUCAGUGAUGCCUCAUGGAAGAAUCAAUACACAAUCAAUACAGUUCAAACCUCUCAUCAAGGUCUUUAUACAUGUAACGGAACACAGUCAUCACACCCAGAAUACACACAUACCAGUGUUGCUGUUACACUGACUGUAUCAGAAAAACCUAAACCUGAACUCACAUCAGACCUUAAAGGAGCUGCACUGACAGGAAACUCAGUGACUCUGUACUGUACACUGAAGCCGCAGUCUGCUGGAUGGAAGUUUUACUGGAUCACAUCAACACAGAGCUCUGAGACUGAAUCACACGACUACACCAUCAGAUCAGUUCGAGUCUCUGAUGGAGGUCGGUACAAGUGCAGAGCUGGAAGAGGAAACCCAGUCUACUACACACACUACAGUGAUGCACUCUGGGUAAAUGUUACUGAGAGUCCUAAACCUGUGGUGAUUAUAAAGCCUGAUAAGGAGGUGUUCAGAGGAGAGAGAGUGACUUUCAGAUGUGAGAUACCGAGAGGAAGAGACACUGAGUACAGCUGGAAGAGAACAUACAGCUGGAAGUGGAAUGAUUACACACUCUCAUACCGAACAACACAGGAGUUUAGUCUUUAUUCAGUAGGAGAUUAUGGCAGCGGUAAAUACACCUGCAGUGGGAGGAGAAGUGACUCUCAGAGCUCAGAGACCAGUGAUGCUGUUACACUGACUGUAUCAGAAAAACUGAAACCUGAACUCACAUCAGACCUUAAAGGAGCUGCACUGACAGGACACUCAGUGACUCUGUCCUGUACACUGAAGCUGCAGUCUGCUGGAUGGAAGUUUUACUGGAUCACCCCCACACAGAGCUCUGAGACUGAAUCACACGACUACACCAUCAGAUCAGUUCGAGUCUCUGAUGGAGGUCGGUACAAGUGCAGAGCUGGAAGAGGAAACCCAGUCUACUACACACACUACAGUGAUGCACUCAGGGUAAAUGUUAUUGAGAGUCCUAAACCUGUGGUGAUUAUAAAGCCUGAUAAGGAGGUGUUCAGAGGAGAGAGAGUGACUUUCAGAUGUGAGAUACCGAGAGGAAGAGACACUGAGUGGACAUACAGCUGGAAGAGGAAUGAUUACACACGCUCAUACCGAACAACACAGGAGUUUAGUCUUGAUUCAGUAGGAAAUGAUGUCAGCAGUAAAUACACCUGCAGUGGGAGGAGAAGUGACUCUCAGAGCUCAGAGACCAGUGAUGCUGUUACACUGACUGUAUCAGAAAAACCUAAACCUGAACUCACAUCAGACCUUAAAGGAGCUGCACUGACAGGAAUCCCAGUGACUCUGUACUGUACACUGAAGCCACAGUCUGCUGGAUGGAAGUUUUACUGGAGCACAUCAACACAGAGCUCUGAGACUGAAACAGAAUCAGGCCACUAUGCCAUCAGACCAGUUCAUGUCUCUGAUGGAGGUCAGUACAGCUGCAGAGCUGGAAGAGGAAACCCAGUCUACUACACACACUACAGUGAUGCACUCUGGGUAAAUGUUACUGGUGAAUCUCCUCCAGUGUCUCUGAUCAUCAGUCCCAGCAGAACUCAACACUUCACUGCUGACUCUCUCUCACUGAGCUGUGAGGACCAGAGUGACUCUACUGGAUGGACAGUGAGACGAUACACACACAAAGAGACACCGUUCAAUUGUUCAUCAUAUUCAGGAUCUACAUGUAGCAUCAGCUCCCUCUCUACAUCACACACUGGAGUUUACUGGUGUCAGUCUGAAUCUGGAGGACACAGUAAUCCUGUCAACAUCACAGUGCACUAUGGUGAUGUGAUCCUGGACAGUCCGGUCUAUCCUGUCAAUGACGGACGUCCUCUGACUUUACACUGUUUAUAUCGCAACACAAACAUCUCAGACUCUGGUGUUGAUUUCUAUAAAGAUGAUUCAGUUCUCCAGAACCAGACUACAGGAGAGAUGACCAUCAGGAGUGUCUCAAAGUCAGAUGAAGGUUUCUACCACUGUAAACACCCACAGAGAGGAGAGUCACCGAAAAGCUGGGUUUCAGUCAGAGUAUUUUCCCCUCCAGUUCUAUCACAUGGAAAAGCUCCACUGUCGGUGCUGAAGCUCCUCAGCAGUGUCGUUGCAGCCUCUCCGUAUGUGCUGGUGACCAUCAUUCUGGCAGUGAAAUGUUACAGAGCUCGAACUAAACCUGAUGAGGACAACAGACCAUACAGAGUGAUAGAAGCUGAAGCAUCUGUCUGA